AUGGCACCGCUACCCAUCAAGUUCACUGAGACUUUGAACCUCACAUCUGUCGGAAUCGUCCCGACCUCAAUAGGCUUCAACUCAUGCACGCUCGAAUCCGACCACUUCGUCUGCGUACGGCAAGUCAUCGAGGGCUCCCAGCCUGAGGUGCUCAUCAUCAACCUCAAGAAUGGCAACAGCGUCAUGAAGCGGCCGAUCAAGGCUGACAGUGCGAUCAUGCACUGGAGCAAGGAGAUCAUUGCGCUCAAGGCGGGUGGUAUGACAUUGCAGAUAUUCGAUUUGGCGCAAAAGAGCAAGAUCAAGAGCACAACCAUGACAGAGGAGGUCCUCUUCUGGAAGUGGAUCAGCGAGACUUCACUGGGCCUGGUUACACCGACCUCCAUAUACCACUGGAAUAUCUUCGACCCAUCACAAGUCACGCCGCAGAAGAUGUUCGAUCGCAACCAGAACUUGUCGGGGUGUCAGAUAAUCAACUACCGCGUCGCGGACGACGAGUCGUGGAUGGUCGUGGUAGGCAUCUCUCAGCAGCAGGGCCGGGUCGUCGGCAGCAUGCAGUUGUACUCAAAGGAGCGAGGAAUCAGCCAGGCCAUCGAAGGACACGCUGCUGCGUUUGGAUCUUUCCGCAUGGAGGACGCAUCUUCGGAUACCAAGCUCUUCACGUUUGCGAACCGCUCAGCGACUGGUGCCAAGCUACACAUUGUCGAGGUCGACCAUCAAGCGUCAAAUCCAGUGUUCCAAAAGAAGGCUGUCGACAUUUACUUUCCUGCAGAGGCGGUCAGCGACUUCCCCGUGGCCAUGCAGGUUUCAUCCAAGUACAAAGUCAUCUACUUGGUGACUAAAUACGGCUUCAUCCACCUGUACGAUCUCGAAACUGGCACGACCAUAUUCAUGAACCGCAUCUCGAGCGAAACGAUUUUCACGACCGCAGGCGAUGACGAAGGCGCAGGAAUUGUGGGAGUAAACAGGAAGGGCCAAGUCCUGGCCGUUAGCGUGGACGAGAGCACGAUCAUUCCAUACCUUCUGCAAAACCCCGAGAAUGCCGAGCUUGCGUACAAGCUGGCGUCUCGAGCGGGAUUACCUGGUGCCGAUCAGCUAUACCAGCAGCGAUUCGAUCAGCUUCUCAACGCAGGAGACUACCAGCAGGCCGCGAAGACAGCCGCAAAUUCUCCUGCCGGGUUCCUCCGCACACCACAGACGAUUGAGAAGUUCAAGAACUUGCCUGCGCAACAGGGUCAGCUUUCGUUCAUCUUGCAGUACUUUGGCAUGCUCUUGGACAAGAGCAAGUUGAACCAGCAUGAGACACUYGAGCUCGCUCGACCUGUGCUCUCUCAGAACCGCAAGCACUUGCUCGAGAAGUGGAUGAAGGAGGGCAAACUUGGUUGUUCCGAGCAGCUCGGAGACCUCGUGCGCAUUCACGAUGUUGCGCUAGCGCAACAGAUCUAUCAAGAAGCUGGCGCAUCGCAGAAAGUCAUUGCUGCAAUGGCCGAGUCUGGUAAUUUUGAGCAGAUCUUGCCGUACUCUCGGUCUGUUGGCUACUCGCCAGACUUCAAUGCCCUCGUCCAGAAUGUUACGCGGGUCAACCCAGACAAAGCUGCAGAAUUCGCCACGAGUAUUGCUCGCGAGGAUCCGUCGCUGCUCGACAUUGAUCGCGUCCUCGACGUCUUCCAGGCCCAAGGAAUGGUGCAACAAGCGACAUCGUUCCUCCUCGAUGCGUUGUCAGCAAAUCAGCCCGAGCAAGGACACUUGCAGACACGCCUACUCGAGAUGAAUCUUCUCAAUGCGCCUCAGGUCGCAGAUGCAAUCUUGGGCAACGAGAUGUUUUCUUACUACGACAAAGCAAAGAUUGCAGGCCUGUGUGAGAACGCCGGUCUACUGACAAGGGCUCUAGAGCACUACGAGGACCCUGCCUCCAUCAAACGCUGCAUCGUUCAAACGGACAAGAUCAGUGAGGAGUUUCUCAGCAACUACUUUGGCCGCUUGACUGUCGAAUUGGCUUUGGAGUGCUUGGAUGAGAUGCUCAAAGUCAACAUUCGCCAGAAUCUACAAGUUGUCAUCAACAUUAGCAAAAAAUACUCGGAUCUAUUUGGUCCUUCAUCGAUCAUUGCGCUGCUCGAGAAGUACCGCACCGCUGAAGGCCUCUACUUCUACCUCGGUGGCAUUGUCAACAUCACACAGGACAACGAGGUCACCUUCAAGUACAUCGAGGCUGCGACCACAAUGGGUCAGCUCCAAGAGGUUGAGCGCAUCUGCCGUGAGAGCGACCAUUACGACCCAGAGAAGGUGAAGAACUUCCUCAAGGAAGCCAACCUCCACGAGCAACUCCCUCUUAUCAUCGUGUGCGAUCGCUUCAACUUUGUUCACGAUCUGGUCAUGUACCUGUACAAGAACCAGCAUUUCAAGUCGAUCGAGGUCUACGUCCAGCGCGUCAACCCUGCACGCACUCCCGGCGUCAUCGGCGCACUCCUGGACGUUGACUGUGAUGAGACCGUCAUCAAGAACAUGUUGAGCUCUGUUGAGUCAUCCUCGAUCCCUAUUGAUGAGCUCGUGGCCGAAGUCGAGUCGCGCAACCGUCUGAAGCUGCUGCUCCCGUUCCUCGAGAAGACCUUGGCCGCUGGUAAUCAGCAGGUGGCCGUCUACAACGCGCUGGCGAAGAUCUACAUUGAUUCAAACAACAACCCCGAAGCUUUCCUCUCACAGAACGAUCUCUACGACACACUCACCGUUGGAAAGUAUUGCGAGAAGCGAGACCCUAACCUUGCAUUCAUUGCGUACUCCAAGGGCCAGAAUGACCUCGAGCUCAUUGCUAUUACCAAUGAGAACAGCAUGUUCCGCGCCCAAGGUCGGUACCUGUUGGAGCGAGCGGAUCCAGAGAUUUGGUCAUACGUCUUGUCCGAGAACAACAUUCACCGCCGCUCUUUGGUUGACCAAGUCAUCGCCACCGCAGUGCCGAACUCGACCGAUCCUGACCAAGUCAGCAUCGCGGUCAAGGCCUUUAUCGAUGCAGACAUGCCUGUCGAGCUGAUCGAGUUGCUUGAGAAGAUCAUCCUGGAACCUACUGUGUUCUCAGACAAUGCUAACCUGCAGAACCUGCUGAUGCUUACUGCGRCAAAGUCUGAUCGUGGCCGUGUUGCAAACUACAUCCAGCAGCUUGAUCAGUAUGAUCCCGAUAGCAUCGCUGAUCAAUGUAUCGAGGUUGGCAUGUACGAGGAGGCUUUCCUCAUGCACAAGAAGGCCAAGAAUCACUCCAGGGCUGCCGAUGUGCUCGUCGAUCACGUUGUCUCCAUUGACAGAGCCGCCGAAUUCGCUGAAGAGGUUGAUCUUCCCGAAGUUUGGAGCAAGGUCGCCAAGGCGCAACUCGACGGUCUCCGUGUGACGGACUCUGUUGAGUCUUACAUCCGCGCUCAGGAUCCCUCCAACCAUCUCGAGGUCAUCGAGACUGCAACACACGCCKGCAAGGAUGAGGACCUCAUCAAGUACCUCCGGAUGGCACGCAAGACUCUCCGCGAACCACCCAUCGACACUGCUCUCGCCUUCUGCUUUGCACGAACAAAUCAGCUGCCCGAGCUUGAGGAGUACCUGCGCUCAUCAAACGUCGCGAACAUUGAGGAGUCCGGUGACAAGGCUUACGCUGAAGGCUACCAUGAGGCGGCCAAGAUCUUCUUCACCUCCAUCUCCAACUGGGCCAAGCUUGCUACCACUCUCGUACACUUGGGUGAUUACCAGGCUGCCGUUGAAUGUGCCCGCAAGGCCAACAACGUCAAGGUCUGGAAGCAGGUCAACGAGGCAUGCGUGGAGAAGAAGGAGUUCCGCCUUGCACAGAUCUGUGGUCUCAACCUGAUCGUUCACGCUGAGGAGCUCACAGACCUAGUCAAGCAGUACGAGYGCAAUGGAUACUUUGAUGAGCUUAUUUCGCUCCUUGAGGCUGGUCUAGGGCUUGAGCGUGCUCAUAUGGGCAUGUUCACUGAGUUGGGUAUCGCCCUCAGCAAGUAUCACCCAGAGCGGGUCAUGGAGCAUCUCCGCAUCUUCUGGGGGAGAAUCAACAUCCCCAAGAUGAUCAAAGCAUGCGAGAUCGCUCACCUCUGGCCCGAGCUUGUCUUCCUCUACACUCACUACGACGAGUUCGAUAACGCCUCUCUCGCCAUGAUGGAACGUGCCUCCGACGCGUUCGAACAUCAUACCUUCAAGGAGACUAUCGUCAAGGUGGCCAACUUGGAGAUCUACUACCGAGCUCUGAACUUCUACCUCCAGGAGCAGCCAUCACUCAUCACCGAUCUGCUCCAGGCACUGACGCCACGCAUCGAUGUCAAUCGUGUCGUGCGCAUGUUUGAGAAGUCAGACAAUAUUCCCCUCAUCAAGCCGUUCUUGCUCAAUGUCCAGCCUCAGAACAAGCGGGCAGUCAACGAUGCAAUCAACGACCUUUUGAUUGAGGAGGAAGACUACCAGCAGCUUCGUGAUAGCGUGGAGAACUUCGACAACUAUGAGGCUGUAGCCCUCGCCCAGCGACUAGAGAAGCAUGACCUCGUAUUCUUCCGCCAGAUCGCGGCGAACAUCUACCGCAAGAACAAGCGUUGGGACAAGUCCAUCCAGCUCUCCAAGCAGGACAAGCUCUACAAAGACGCCAUCGAGACUUCGGCCAUCUCGGGCAAGACCGAGGUCGUCGAGGAGCUUCUUCGCUAUUUCGUCGACAUUGGUAGCAAGGAAUGCUACGUCGGCAUGCUCUACGCCUGCUACGACCUCAUCCCACUCCACACGGUCAUGGAAAUUUCAUGGCGCCACGGUCUGAACGACUUUACCAUGCCCUUCAUGAUCAACUACAUGUCACAACAAGCUGCCACCAUCUCAGAGCUGAAGCACGACAAUGACGAGCGUAAGGCUCGUGAGGCGGCGGACAGGAAGCCCGAGGACACCGGUCCAAUCCUUGGCCAGUCACGGUUGAUGUUGACUCAGGGCCCAAUGCAGAGUGCUCAGUCUCCAGCACCCUAUUCGAAUGGCAUUAUGCCGCAGCCUACUGGUAUGAUUGGUGGUUUCAGAUAA